AUGCCGGAAGGACAUGAAGAGGAAACCCCCACAGGUGCGCCGACGGACAGCAUCACUUUCUUCGGCGAACUCGAAGAGCUGUCGCAGGAGAGAAGCGGGCAGGAAGCGGAGGCGGGCACCACGACACCUGACAAGAAUGCGACCAGCGUAGCGACGCAGCUGCUCGCGGCCUUCGUUGCUCACCUGAUUUCGCUGAAUUGUGGAUACGCAGUUGGCUGGGCAGCUGUGGCCAUCCCAGUGCUGAAGUCCAACGGCACAGAGUAUAGCCCACCAGCCUUGGACAGGCCACUGACCACGCAAGAGUGCUCGUGGGUGGUGAGUGCGUCGCUCAUUUCUUCGGCGGUGGGUCCCAUGCUGAGCAGCCAGGUGAGCCGUUGCUGGGGCUUCAAGCCGGCUGGCUACCUGGUGGGCGUCACUGCGACCCUGGGAGGUGUGGCCAUCCUGCUGGCACGAGGGUUGACAGCCCUGCUGGCUGGUCGUGUGGUGGUCGGCAUGGCGAUGGGGGCUGUCCCAGUGGUGGCAAACGCCUACAUGGCCGACGCAGCCCAGCAGCACGUGCGCGGAGCUCUAGGCACCUUCUUCGCACUCCUCUUCAACGCUGGCAUCCUGCUCGCCUACAUCGUGGGCGCCGUAGCCACGUACCUGGAAGUGUGUGCAGUUGCUGUCGGCUUGCCAGUCCUCUACACAGUCUGCUUCUUCUUCCUGCCAGAGUCGCCACGGUAUCUCCUGUCGAGCGGUAAAGUUGAGGAGGCGGAGAAGUCGCUGCGCUGGUUCCGCCCUGUCGGCCACGACGUCGCGGGCGAACUAAAACUGAUGAGAUACGAGGUCGAGUCGAAGUCGACUGAGGGAGGCAUGUCUGUGGCCGAAUUCUUCAGGGACCGUGCGUCUCGCCUCGGGUUUAUUGCGUUCCUUGUCCUCAUCCUGAACCAGAAUCUAGAUGGCACUGGGGUGAUACUGAACUACGUGGUGGAGAUGUUCUCUGCAGCAGACGCCACUGUGUCUGCCCAGUGGGCGGCAGUGGUGGUGGCUGCAGUACAGCUCCUGGCGACCUUCCUGUCUUCAGUGCUUGUGGAUCGCGUCGGACGGCGACCACUGCUCAUGGCUUCUAAUGCGGGCAUGGCCACAUGCCUGACGGCCGUUGGUCUGUACUUCUUCGCCUUGGGCAGCGGUUACGACGUCUCCUCGCUGUGGUGGAUCCCUAUCACCUCAUUAUCCUUAUCCUUGGUCCUGAACGCCUGUGGUAUAGGAUCGUUGCUCUUCGUCAUCGCCACUGAACUGUUCUCCUCGGAUGCUCAGGCUGUAGCUUUCUCCAUAGGUUUCACUGCUGCUGUAGUGGUCAAUGCAACAGUUUUGAAAUUCUACGUCGUGCUCCUCGAUUGGAUAGACAUAUAUGGCUGCUAUUGGCUGUUCGCCGUUACCUGCCUUGUCAGCAAUGUUUACAUAUUCUUCUUCUUGCCGGAGACAAAGAACCGUCCAAUAACGGAUAUUGUUGCUGAGCUAAAUGGAGAGAAAAAGGAAAAGUUGCCGUACUCUAGCCUUUCCGAUUCCGAGGAUGGCAGAACUGAGUCUGUCAAUACUCCGAAAGGUGGACAUUGUGCAGCAUAG